AUGUCUAGCUUCGGUUGCUCAAUCAAAGACCACUUCGACUAUGUGGUUGGUACUUCGACCGGCUAUGAUGUUGAGCGUGCUCGUCAAGCCCAAGAUGAUGUUAUCGUUGGGCAGGCGUAUUUUCUCCCUGUGAGCAUUGGAUCUAUGCUGGUGCAGGAUGGUGGUAUCAAACAUAACAUGCCUGCAAAACUAGCAACCUGGGAUAUCAAAUACCUUUGGCCAGACCGACCGGACCCGGACUUCCUUCUAUCCUUAGGGACCGGCACUAUGCUUGAGACAUUAAGUAGCCCUCGAAUUCAAUCCGAGCAAACAGUAUCAGGACGAAAUGCCGCAGUGACGGCAGUCGUGGAUUACAUGAUAUCUUCGAUGUUCUAUUUUGAACUCGACUCUUUGCCAAGGUUUGAUGGGCGUCGGUACUCUUGCGAGGGCUUUGUCUACUGUCGACUUGAUCUUCCUCGCGAUGGACUUUACUACUUGUAUUACCAGCUUGCCACAACGUCUUCGCAUUUUUACAUUCAAGGGAACCCAGUCCGAUGCGUCAAGAGUAUACCGCAAGAUUAUUUGCCUUUCAGAAGGCGUAUCAACUUUACAGUCAACAAAAGAGACGAGGUGAUCGGCAUGUCGAUACGUGGCAUUACCUCCAAGCCACGAGAACUGAGCGGAUAUCCUACUACAUUGGAUAAGCUCAUAUCCCAUCAGCGUCUUGAGGGUCCGUUUGGAACUAUAGAUCAUUCAGAGUUGGGACUUGAGAGGCCACUGCCAGCAAUACCAUAUAAGCGUGUUAGAUUUGCGCAUGGUAACGAGCUCGGAUCAAGGAAGCGCGCUAGAAUCUUGUAG